GAAGUUAAGUGGAACGCAGAGGCAGGAAGACUGAUGGAACGCAGAGGCCGUCCGUUGUGUUGGACUCCCAGGACGAGAACCGGGUGACACUCUGAGGCCGGAAGUCUGGUGUGUAACAUUCACCGGGGGAGAGGACAAGGAGGCAGUGACUGGGAGGGGGAGUAUAUAGAAGGACCCAGGAAUCUGUACAAGGACGUGAUGAUGGAGAAUCACUGGCCACUGACAUUGCUGGAUGGAGCCAGUAAGAGAGAGACCCCAGAGAUAUGUCCCUGUCCUCUUUAUUCCCAGGACUGUACAGAGGAGAAUCGCAGGAUCCCACAGGAGGAUCAGGGUGAAGGCCUGGCUGAUAUUAAGGUAGAAGAUAUAGAGCAAGAAGAAGAGACAUAUUUGAGAGGUGACCAGCAGUGUAAGGAGGAGGAAAUCCCUACAGAUAUCAGCACAGAUGGAGCCAGUAACAGAGAUACCCCAGAGAGAUGUCCCCGUCCUCUUUAUUCCCAGGACUGUACAGAGGACACUCACAGGACACCACAGGGGGAUCAGGGUAAAUUCCUGACGAAGAUUAAGGUAGAGGAUAUAGAAGAAGAAGAGGAGACGUAUGUAAAGGGGGAUCAGCAGUGUAAGGAGGAGGAAAUCCCUACAAAUAUCAGCACUGAUGGAGCCAGUAACAGAGAUACCGCAGAGAGAUGUCCCUGUCCUCUUUAUUCCCAGGACUGUACAGAGGAGAAUCCCAGGAUCCCACAGGAGGAUCAGGAUGAGCACCUAAUUAAUAUUAAAAUAGAAAAUAUUGAUGAUGAUGAUGAUGACGACGAGAAGAUGUAUGCGACAGGUGACCAGCACUGUAAGGAGGAGGAAAUCCCUACAGAUAACAGCACAGAUGGAGCCAGUAACAGAGAUACCGCAGAGAGAUGUCCCCGUCCUCUUUAUUCCCAGGACUGUACAGAGGAGAAUCACAGGACCCCACAGGAGUAUGAGGGUGAAGAUCUGCAAAUUAUUAAGGUAGAAGUUAUGGAGGAAGAGGAGACAUACAUGAGGGAUGAUCAGUGUAAGGAGGAGGAAAUCCCAACAGAUAUCAGCACAGCAGAUGGACACAGCAGGAAUAUUCCAGAGGCUCAUUUAAUUUUACCUCCAGGUGGUGAAAUAGAAGAUAAUGACCUCACACCCGAUCCUCCAGGAGAAAAACCUACUAAUCCAUUUAUACAUCACAGUGCAGAUACGUCAUCUGGUUCCUCUAAUCCAGGAAUGGAAUGUUUUCCUGAUAACCCCGAUAUUGGUACAUUUAUUACUGCUCUUAGAGUAGAUCAAAUAUUUCCUUACCCUAUAGAUGCCAAAUGUUUUACAGAUGAUGCAAAACUUACAAACCAUCAGCCAGCUAAGACAGAUGAGAGGCCAUAUUCAUGCGUGGAGUGCGGAAAAUCUUUCACACAGAAAUCUAAUUUUCUUAUACACCAGAGAAGUCACACAGGUGAGAAACCAUUUCCCUGCUCCGAGUGUGGGAAAUGUUUUUCGCAGAAAUCCGAUCUACUGAUUCAUCUGAGAAGUCACACGGGUGAGAAGCCUUUUUCAUGUUCUGAGUGUGGGAAAUACUUUACUCGGAAAUCAGGACUUGUAAUACAUCAGAGGCUUCACACAGGUGAGAAACCAUUUCCGUGUUCUGAGUGUGGGAAAUGUUUUACGCACAAAUCCGCUCUCGUUUUGCAUCAGAGGACUCACACAGGUGCAAAACCGUUUUCAUGCACUGAGUGUGCCAAAUGUUUUUCGCAUAGGUCACAUCUUGUUAAACAUCAGAAAAUUCACACCGAUGAGAAAGCUUAGGGUCUGAAAUGUUUUAGAACCAAAUCGAAUUUUGCGUCACGCAGGUGAGAAUCUAUCAUCAUGUUCUGUGUGUGGGAAAUUACGGACUCAGAUCUAACUAAACCAUAAAUGAUUCUAGUUACACAUGUAAAACUCUGCGUGUUUUGUAAGUGGUGGUAAGUAUUUUAUCUAAAGAACAUAUCUCAUUGAGCACAGUAUUUUUUUCCUGGCGCCCUACUCACAUUUCUUUUUUGUGAUAUAAAGGGUUAAGCUGGUACCAUUUGUAUUACUGUUAUACUUGUGUUUUUUUUAAAUGUUUCUUGUUAUCCAUUUUUUAUAAUUGAUUCUUUUUUAUACUUGAUUCUAUGGUUUGUAUUUUUAUCUUCUACCUUCUGUGACAUCAUUGUACAGUUUUACUUAUUUAUUAAA